AUGGUACAUUAUAAGAACUCAUAUAUAAAUUACAUACGAAGAAGACCAUUAGCCCUUCUAGCUCCAAUCACAUUGCUAGUUAUAAUAUAUUUUUAUUUUUUCUCAACAGCAUCUUCAUCAUCAUCAACAAAACCCAAAUAUAGCUACAAUAAGAAAUCAAAAGGUUGGUUUAAUAAUAAUAAAGAUUCUGUAAUAUUGAAAAACUUACCAAAAAAUCAUAUAAAACAUUAUGAUUUAAAUAAAUUAACCAUAUCAAAAGAUGCAUUAGCUAAAAAGGAGGAAGUAUUGAUCUUGACACCAAUGUCGAAAUUUUUACCUGAAUAUUGGGAAAAUUUAAAUAAAUUAACUUAUGAUCAUUCAUUAAUAUCAUUAGGUUUUAUUUUCCCCAGAAAUAAUGAUGGUGAUGAAGCUUUGAAAAAUUUAGAGUCUUAUUUAAAAAUUGCAAAAGCAAACAAUAAAUUGAAUUUUAAAAAAAUAACAUUAUUAAGACAAGAUUCAAAUUCUUUGACUAGUCAAUUAGAAAAAGAUAGACACGCUUUUAAAGUUCAAAAAGAGAGAAGAUCAAUGAUGGCAUUAGCAAGAAACUCAUUAGUUUUUACAUGUUUGGAUCCUUCUACUUCUUGGGUUCUUUGGUUGGAUGCUGAUAUUGUGGAAACCUCACCAAAUUUAAUACAAGAUUUAACAUCUCAUGAUAAAGCAGUAUUAUCAGCAAAUGUAUAUCAAAGAUUUUUUGAUGAUAAAAUAAAUGCUGAAUCAAUAAGGCCGUAUGAUUUUAAUAAUUGGGUUGAAAGUGAAGAAGGUUUAAAAAUUGCAAAAGGUUUAGCUGAUGAUGAAAUAAUUGUAGAAGGUUAUGCAGAAAUGGCUACUUAUCGACCACUAAUGGCUCAUUUUUAUGAUGCCAACGGAGACAAAAAUACAGAAAUGGCAUUAGAUGGUGUUGGCGGAGGAGCUGUUUUAGUUAAAGCUGAUGUUCAUAGAGACGGGGCCAUGUUUCCAUCUUUCCCAUUUUAUCAUUUAAUAGAAACCGAAGGAUUUGCUAAAAUGGCCAAAAGGUUAGGUUAUGAAGUAUUUGGUUUACCAAAUUAUUUAGUCUUUCAUCAUAACGAGUAA